UUCUAAAAGUUUUGUAUUUGUGUGAUCAGAUCCUAGCACAGAAGUUAUUGCACUAUCACCAACAACCCUAAUGGCAACGAACCGAUGUGUGUGUGAGAUCUGCAACAAAGGGUUUCAAAGGGAUCAAAACCUUCAGUUGCAUCAUCGAGGCCAUAACCUUCCAUGGAAGCUCCGGCACAGAACCACCACUGAGGUUAGGAAAAAGGUCUACAUAUGUCCCGAGCCGACGUGUGUUCACCACAACCCAGCUCGGGCGCUAGGAGAUCUCACCGGCAUUAAGAAGCACUUCAGCCGGAAACAUGGGGAGAAAAAAUGGAAAUGUGACAAGUGCUCCAAGAAAUAUGCAGUGCAGUUAGAUUGGAAGGUGCAUCAGAAGACCUGCGGCACAAGGGAGUAUAAAUGUGACUGUGGAACCAUCUUUUCUGAGGAACUUCAUAUGAUGUCUUAUGCAACUUCUUUAGCUUCUACUUCUAAUUCCUCCAGGAGAUCAUCCAGGAGUUCUGUAACAAUGCUGAUGACUGAGAACAAUGAAUUGAGAAUGAAUUGGGACAACUGUUAUUGUCAUUAGUUUUUAUUAUUGU